CAUUAAUGAAACCUAAUUUAUUGAACCUCUCAAUCUUCCACGUCAUUCUCAAUUCUUCAGCGCACUGUUCAUCCAACCCCCCAAUCUAUCACUACUACAUCAUCACUGCCAUAGUCACUUGUUUCUUCUCCCAUUCAAAUAUUUGAGGGAGAUGUUGUAAAAUAUUUUGGUCAAGUUGAAAUUGAUGUUGGGCUCCCUCUGUUUCGCUCUUGUUCAACUGAGCUGAAUUAAUUGUUUUGGGACUGUUUCCUAGUCGAAACUCAAAUGAGAAGAGGGAUAGAAAUUGUAUGCUUCCCCACUGAGAAGAAAGAAUAAAUAAAAUAUCCUUCUCUCCAUUUAUUUUGAGAGCUACGAAAACACAAUACAGUCUUAUAAACAAUAUAAUUAACACCCCCCGCCACCACCUGCAAACACUAUACUCAAAUUUUGAGAGAGAUGGCGCCAUUGUUGCGGAGCUCUCAGCCAUGGGUGGAAAAAUAUCGGCCGAGGCAAGUGAAGGAUGUCGCGCAUCAAGACGAGGUCGUCCGAGUCCUUACAAAUACACUGGAGACGGCUAAUUGCCCACAUAUGCUGUUUUAUGGACCUCCUGGCACCGGAAAAACUACCACCGCGCUCGCCAUUGCUUAUCAGCUAUUCGGACCUGAACUUUACAAGAAAAGAGUUCUGGAACUGAAUGCUAGUGAUGACCGUGGUAUAAAUGUUGUUCGUACAAAGAUAAAAGAUUUUGCUGCUGUUGCUGUUGGUUCUGUUCAUCAAGGUUAUCCUUGUCCCCCUUACAAGAUUAUAAUCCUUGAUGAGGCUGAUUCAAUGACUGAAGAUGCUCAGAAUGCCCUGCGGCGUACUAUGGAAACAUACUCAAAAGUCACCAGAUUUUUCUUCAUUUGUAAUUACAUCAGCAGGAUCAUUGAGCCGCUUGCCUCUAGAUGUGCAAAGUUCAGAUUCAAGCCACUAACUGAAGAAAUAAUGAGCAAACGCAUACUUCAUAUAUGCCAAGAGGAAGGCCUGAAUUUGGAUCCAGAGGCACUUUCAUCAUUAAGUUCCAUAGCACAAGGCGAUCUUCGUAGGGCUAUAACGUAUUUACAAUAUGGCGCUCGCACAUUUGGAUCUUACAUUUCAUCUCGAGAGCUGAUUAGUGUUUCUGGGGUUGUUCCCGAGGAGGUUGUUCAGGCUCUCUAUUCAGCUUGUAGGAGUGGUAAUUUUGAUUUGGCCGACAAGGAAGCUAAGAAUGUAAUUGCAGAAGGAUAUCCUGUUUCUCAGGUGUUGUCACAGUUGUUCGAUAUAAUUGUCCAGUCAGAUGACAUAACCGAUGAACAGAAGUCAAGAAUAUGCAAAAAGCUGGCUGAGGCUGAUAAGUGUCUUGUUGAUGGAGCAGAUGAAUAUUUACAGCUGUUGGACGUCACCAGUAACACCAUGCGAGCAAUAUGCAACCUUCCUGAACAAUUUUCUUACGAGAGUUAGAUGUGCCUCUGCGUGAGUUAGGUGUUUUGUUUCCUUCUUUUGAUUUGUGGAAAAUUGGUGUUCUUGAUGGAUUUGUGGCCUACUCAUUCGGAAGAGGAUUAAUUUUGCAAUUUGUACUUUCUGUUUUGUUUUUUCUUAUCUGCACUAUCUAAACCUUUAUGAAGUAGGUAACAUUAAAUUUUUUGCCCAAGUAUGAUGGAAAUAUCGUGGUGUAUCAAAUUCUGAAUUUUAUGUGAUAUUCAGCCGUGAAACAAAAAAAGAUUUGGUUGAAUUACUUAAUUGCCCCAAUCAACAUUCUUAAAAAGCC